AUGGUCCACUUAUCCCACGUUACCAAGGCCGCCAUUGCGCUGCUGGCACUCCCAGUCCUCGCCACUCAAGCUGGAACAAGCACCUGUGAGGUCACCGACUCCGACGCCUGCGCCAUCGACUCGCUCACGGCCUCCACCGACGAUGGCAGCGUGCUCAUCUACCCGGGAGGCGACACGCGCUGCGCCUUCGACGACUACACGGACAGCGUGACGACGUUCGCGUCCAACUCGACGUACUUCUUCCAGGUGUUCCCUGCGGCGGAGGCGAGCAAGAAGAAGCUGCUGCUCUUCUUCCAGGGCGGCGGCGCCUGCGUCGACAAGUACACGUGCGACUUCGCGCUGCAGUGCCAGCUGGGCGCGAGCUCGCUCAUCACUACCAAGGCGUCCGUCACGGACUCGGGCAUCAUGAACCGCACGCUGGACGGCAACGUCUUCAACGACUACAACAUCGUGUACCUGCCGUACUGCACGGGCGACCUGUUCGUGGGUAACAAGUACCUGGAGCCCUACGAGAGCGUGUACAACCAGGCGCUGGGCAACAAGCAGUGCCUGGGCCAGGACCAAGGCAUGUACAUGAACGGCUACAACAACACGAUGGCGGUGUUGAAGUGGGCGCUGGCCAACUACCCGGACCCGGAGCAGCUCGUGAUCGGCGGUUACAGCGCUGGGUCGCUGGGCGCGCAGAUGUGGUCGGCGUACGUGGCGAAGACGUGGGGAGUGGAGUCGAAGGGCACCAAGUUCCAGGUGCUGGCGGACAGCUACGUGGGUGUGUUCCCGGAGCACAAGACUCCUGCCAGCGAGCUGAUCAACUACUACGGCGGGUGCGGACUGGUGGGCUUCCCCGAUAGUAUGGCGGCGGAGUGUGAGGCCGAGACGGCGACGGUGAUCGAGAUGGUGAGCUCGUUGAUGAACGAGGCUCCGAGUGCCGAGUGGCUCUUCAUCGACAGCAUCGCCGACAAGACGCAGCGCAAGUUCUACGAGCUGGUGUUGCUGGGCAUCGCUGGGUAUCCGUUCACGAACCUGCUGCCGGCGGACGAGUUCUACGGCAACAUGACGGAGAUCCUGGACGCGUACUCUGCGUUCAUGAACGUGACGCGCUUCAACAUCGAUAGUGACCAGCACGUGUGGCUGACCGGUAAUACCUAUGAGAGCGCGGAGAGUUUGGAGGGUGGAUAUCUUGGCGAUAUUUUGAGUUCUUGGCUCGCACACCCCUCGACUCCUGAAGCUACGACGACUACCUCGACGUCAACACCCGAAGCUUCUACUGCUGCUGCUCCAACGCCGGCGCCGACUACAAAGCCAGCCCCCACGACAGUGUCCGCGAAGACCUCUAAGCCGCUUGCUUUCUCGCCACAAGCUCAACAACUGCAGGAGCUGAAGCAGCUCAUGUGCUCCCUUUUGCCCCACUUCAACCUCCAUGCCCCUCUCUGCUAG